AAAACGAUGGAGAGAAAACCUCAGAACAUCCACAAAAUUUUUAAGGAUUUACUGAAGGAGUUCCGAGAAAAUCUUCCCGACGACCUUCUGAACGAGUCGCCGCCAUACCGAAUGCACCAACACGAGAUCGUUGAAGAAACAAGUUCGAAGCCGACCUUCCGAGCACCAUAUCGGCUCAGCCCCACGGAGCUAGCCAACAUGAACAAACAGAACGAGUAUCUCGUCGCAAAAGGUCUCAUCCGACCAUCCACUUCGCCAUACGGUGCCCCACUACUCUUCACACCGAAACCAGACAGAAGCCUGCGCAUGUGCAUCGAUUACCGAGCUCUCAACAAGAAGACCAUAAAAAACAAAUACCCAAUUUCACAAAUCGAUGACCUGCUUGACAAGCUUCGGGGAGCCACGGUAUUUUCCAAACUGGAUCUGCGGUCCGGAUACUGGCAGAUACGAAUGAUGGACAAUUCCAUCCACAAUACUGCCUUCAGAACUGGGUACGGGUCGUACAAGUAUCUGGUAAUGCCGUUCGGACUCACCAACGCACCGGCAACGUUCCAAGCCGAAAUGAACCACAGUCUAUGCCCACUCUUGGACGAAUGCGUGGUGGUGUACCUGGAUGACAUCCUCAUCUACUCGCGCAACAUGCAGCAGCACGUCCAACACAUGCGACGUGUCUUCGACAUUCUUCGACGAGAACCAUUCUACGUCAAAUUAUCCAAGAGCGAAUUCACCCUCGAGAAACGCAUGUGGAAGACACCCAAGAACGUGAAGGAGUUGCAGCAGUUCCUAGGAUUCACUAACUAUUACAACAGGUUCGUGCCACAGUGCGCGAAAAUCUCAACACCACUCACGAAUCUGCUGAAGAAGAACACGCCCUAUAAGUGGGAACCAAAGCAUCAGGUUUCCAUGGAGCAGCUGAAACAAGCACUCACGUCCACACCUGUACUCAUCUUGCCAUACCCCGAACGCGACUACGUUAUCGAAGCUGACGCUAGUGACCAGGUAGUGGGAGCAGUCUUGAUGCAAGACCGGGGGAAUGGACCGCAACCAAUCGCCUACCUCAGCAAGAAACUACAUGGGGCAGAACUUAACUACCCGAUACAUGACAAGGAUGCCCUUGCUAUUAUCAUCACCUUCAAAACGUGGAGAUGUUAUCUCGAAGGACGAAAAACAACCGUCUACACCGACCACUGCAGCCUGAAAUAUUUGAAGACUGAACCAAGCCUCUCCAUGCAGCAUGUCCGGUGGAUUGACUUCCUCGAGACGCGCUUCCACUAUGACAUCGUGUACAAGCCCGGCCACAAAAACAAAGCAGACGCUCUCAGCCGGCCUGCACACGUUGCCGCUAUCCAGCCUCUUCCUGUCCCAGAACAGCCAUGGCAAGUGGUUAGCAUGGAUUUCAUAACCGGGUUGCCAACUACCAUAAGCGGUCAUGACGCAAUCCUCAUCGUCAUCGACAAAUUAUCCAAAAUAGGACACUUCAUCCCGACACACACGACAACACGCACCGACCUGCACAACUAUUCCUUUUAGUCUUAAAGCCUAAAAACCCAACUUCGUGC